UUUGACAGUUUGGUAUUGUGAAAGUGCUCAUAUUAGAAAGUAUUGAAGAUAUUCUCCUCUCUUUUCCUCGCACAAUAAUAACAUACGUAUUCCAUCCAACACAGGAUGUUGUUAUUCAAUAGGGUUAUGUGCGAUGAUUCUCGAUAAACCAUAGUGAUAAAGCACUUAUUCUUUCUAAACUAUUCAUCCUCGUUAAAUCCUUGAAACAAUAAAUAAUACUGUGAUUGAAACAAUAAAUUUUAUUAGUUCCUAACCUAGAUUUAUUCAUAGUGGUUAUCAAGAUGAGUUCGGACAAAAAAAUACGGGUUGGAUCACGAAAAAGUGAAUUAGCUUUAAUUCAAACCAGACAUGUGAUAUCACUGCUCAAGGAUUUGCAUCCGGACAAAGAUUUUGAGAUUGUUACAAUGAACACUCUGGGAGAUAAAGUACUCGAUAUUCCUUUGCCAAAGAUUGGUGAAAAGUCGUUGUUUACUAAAGAAUUGGAAACAGCCUUGAUUACAGGAAGUGUUGAUUUUGUUGUGCAUUCUUUGAAAGACUUACCAACCACUUUGCCAUCUGGAAUGGCCAUUGGUGCAGUACUGACCAGAGAAGACCCCCAAGAUGCAUUAGUGUUACAAAAAGACUUGAAAACUGCAACUCUCUCUACAUUACCAGAAGGAAGUAUAAUUGGAACGUCCAGUUUAAGGAGAACGGCGCAAUUGGCAAGGAAAUAUCCACAUUUGAAAGUGGAAAAUAUAAGAGGAAACCUGAACACCAGGCUGAAAAAACUGGACGAUUUGGGCAAAUAUCAGGCCAUUAUUCUAGCUGCAGCAGGUUUAGUGAGGAUGGGAUGGAAUAAAAGAAUCACAAAGGUAAUCACGUCGGAAGAGAUUAUGUAUGCGGUGGGACAAGGAGCUUUGGCGGUGGAAUGUCGCGAAAACGAUCAGGAAACGUUGAAACUUCUGGCGCCGCUGUACGAUCUACACACCGCGUUGCGCGUCAUCGCGGAGCGCAGCUUCAUGAGAACGUUGGGCGGCGGGUGUUCCGCCCCCGUGGCCGUCACCUCCGCUUUGACCAACGUCAAGGGCAUAGAAUACAGAUUAUCGUUGAAGGGGGGCGUCUGGUCUUUGGACGGCACGGAGGAGGUCAAGGACCACGGCGAUUGUUCUCUGCAUCUGAAGGAUCUGAAGAGGUGCGCCACAUGCCCGUUCAAUAACAGAGCCAUGACGACGAGCAUCGAGGACAUCGAAUGUCUGAAGGAAUGUGUGAAAUGUCCAAACAGUCCGAUCAGCGAGAAUCCGUCGAAAAAAGCGCGUUACGAAGUGCCGAGUGAGGUAUUGAAGAACGAUCCGCACGAAAAGUGUCCGGUGCAGAUGCCGAUCGGAGCCGAUUUUAUGGGCAAAUGUCCAUACUUGGAGGCCGGAAUGGUUCACGCUGAGGGGAAGUGUCCCGUUAACGGCAGCAUCGAAGGUGCCGCCGCCCUUCCGGACAAGAGCCAAUGUCCGUUCAUGAUGAGGAACGGCAAGAUAGAGGUUCCGCAAUUGGCCGAAAAGUCGCAGUCGUUGCAGGAGAGCGACAACCUGUUUUGCGGUCUGGUCUCGCACAAAGACGCCUCGUUGGAAACGUUCAGAAGUGCGUUGUUGUUGGGCAAAAGUUUGGCGCAGAAACUGACGGAGAAGGGCGCCGUCGAGAUCAUGACGAAAGCGCAAGCGGUCAUCCAUUCUUCUAUUCCUACUUCUAGUUGAUUUCGUUGAUGUACAUUAUCACAUGUAGCAUAUUGUUUUUGUUGAGGUGGUUGUUGUAAUUUUAUGGCAAAUGUUGGUUUUAUAGACAUUAUAUACACUAAUUGAAACUUGUUUUUGAUUGAUAGGCAUAUUUUAUAUUGUAAUUUAUCUGUCUGUUUUGAAUUAAUAAAACUAUUAAACACA